CCACGGCAGUAAUUAUAAUAAUUCGUUAUCUAAUCAAGUCCACACCGCCUUGACAUUUCAAAAUAUUUAUUUUGAGAGAAACUGGUCGGAACAACUUUGGUGAUAUUUUCAAAAUUAAAUUAGCGUUGUCAUACAUUGUGAGUGUUAAUCCGAUUGAUGUACUACUUGACUUCACCAUGGUUAUUUUUUUAAUACUCUUGGUCACGAUAAUAUUCCUUGCAUACAAAUAUUUUACCAGACAUUUUGACUACUGGAAAAAACGAGGCGUGCAUACUAAAAAACCAAUUCCAUUUUUUGGACAUUUUUACAGAACUGCCACAUUUCAAACUACCUUGUCAGAGUUGAUACAAGACCUAUACCAUGAAACUGACGAACCAUACUUUGGGGUAUUUGCUUUUGACAGACCAAUCUUGGUGGUCAAAUCACCUAAGUUAAUUAAAGAUAUAUUAAUAAAAGAUUUUAAUACGUUCUGCGAUAGAACCGUUGCAGAUCCCACUCAUCACCCUCUCUUAUCCAAAUUUUUAUUCUGGCAAAAAAUAGCAAAGUGGAGGCACACGAGGACGAAGUUAACUCCAUUGUUUACGUCAUCAAUGACAAAAAUAUUUUUUGAAAAUUUACAAUUGAUCAAUGAGAAGUUUGUUGAAUAUUUAGGAAAUAUUCAAGGCCCAUUUGAUGCUAAAUAUGUUGCUGGUCAUUACAGCACCGAGAUGAUUGGUCGUUGCUUUUUCGCAAUUGAUCCACGAUGUUUUGAAGAGACCACAACAGAGUUUAGAGACUGCGUGGAAAGAAUCUUUGAGUUUAACCUCAGAAAUGGAUUUAUACAGACUUGCUACUUCUUAAGACAAGGUUUGGUCAAAUUCUUUAAACUGAGCUUUCUGGCCUCUUCAGACAUUUCACAUUUUGAACAAACUUUUUUAAAUUCAAUGGAAUCUAGAAAAAAGUAUGAUGGUAGAAUCUUAAAUAUGGUUGAUUUACUCAAUGACUUGGACAGGAAACACGAUGGAAAUUAUCCUGAUAAAGACAUACUCAUAUCCAAUGCCAUCUUUUUACUAAUUGCUGGACAAGAAACCACCAGUGCUAUUGUUGCUUAUACCCUCUAUGAAUUAGCUCUUCAUCAGGAUAUACAGGAAAGAUUAAGAAAUGAAAUUAAAAAUAAUUAUGAAAUAUACCAAGGGUUCACAUACGAAGGGAUACAGAAAAAUAAAUAUUUGGAUAUGGUUAUCAAUGAAUGUUUAAGAAAAUAUGGAGUUUUACCAUUUCUAGACAGAGAAGCUGUCAGCGAUUAUCGCCUUGAAGGUACAGAUCUCGUCAUUGAAAAGGGAACGGGAGUAUAUAUUCCCUUAUUUGCUUUUAUGAGAGAUCCCAAAUAUUUUCCCAAUCCUGAAAAGUUUGACCCUGAAAGAUUUGCUGAUAAUAAUGUUAACGCAGAAGAAUUGCUCUAUUUUCCAUUCGGAGAAGGGCCAAGAGCUUGCAUAGUUUAUGAACCAGAGCCUUAUAAACAAUUUAUAAACAAUUAUAUUGUUUAUAACAAUUUUUUGACCACUUGGAUCGAAAUCCACCCUCGAAAUUCGUAAUCAGCAGCCAAAAAUCCAUAAGAAACCGUUGACUUUGUCCAUCAGAAUUGAAAAGGACACGGUGACCCCUCUGGCGCCUAGACUAAAUAGAAUGAAAUGACCACAUAAGCCGAAUGACAACAAAUAGAGUAUUAAUGACAGCGAGGGACGGUUCCCCAAUAGGAAUACGAUCAGUGGGAAGACCACGAAAACGAUGAAACGACAACUUACUAUAAGUUUUUUUGUAAUAAGCUAUUCUUUUGUAAUAAGUAAUAAAUUCCAAUUCAGAAAAAAAAUGUUGGUGCAUAUCUGUUUUGGGCAAUUCCUAUGCGCCUGUGCUAGUAAUAGGUCUGGAUCCCGCGUAUGAAAAAAAGUUGAUUAAUAGCAAGCUGAAAAUUUGUUAAUAGCUUGAGGGUGUCUAGUCCAAUAAACUUUGAUAUAUGCGAACACUGGAACAGGUGCAGUUUUAAUUGUGGAACUGGUUAAAAAUUUGGAACGGUCAGACAACGAAAACGG